ACAACUGUUCUUCUACAUUCUUCUCCCCCAAAUCUGCUGCCCUAAUUCCAACUCCCCUUUCUCUCUCUUCUCCCGCCCUUCCUCAGCCUGCCCUAGGUCGGUCGCCGGCGUCCUCUGGCAUUCUCCGCAGUCGCUUCCUCCAUUUCUAUCGCAGGUUGGAGCUGACGGAGUAAGAAACAUGAGUGAAAAUUGCAGUGUCUGUGACUGUAGUGUUGACUGUGGCGGUAAUGGAGUCUCGUCUCUUUCGGCCAACGACAAAGGUAGAAACAAACGGAAAUUUUUAUCUGAUUUGUCCCUGGACAUUUCAGCCGAAGCAUCAAAUUUAUCUCUAGAGGAAACAUUCCGAAAUGCUUUGAAUGAGUUGGGUUCGAUAAUGGAGAGGUCUGGAGACGCUAACACAGAUAAACUUCAAGGCUCCGAUUGGGAUAGUCCUGUGGUCUGUCAGCUUGAGGAGUUGUUGUUGACCAGUUUAAAGGUGAUAUUCGACAGCGCGGUGAAGAAGAUUAUUGAAAGUGGCUACACAAAAGAAGUUGCUGAAUGGGCCAUUUUGUAUAGCAGCCUGUUCAAUGGUGGUAAAGAUGCCGUGUCUAAUGUUGUUGACAGUGCUUUGAGUAUACUGAAGAGGGACAAGGAUAUUAGUACGACAAAGCAUCCUGUAUUUGAGGGGCUGGAGAGCCUCGUAGACUACACACUGUUGGAGAUGAUAUGUGUGCUUCGGGAGAUUAGACCCUCCUUAAGUGUAUCAGAAGCGAUGUGGUGCUUAUUGAUAAGUGAUUUGAACCUAGUGAAUACAUGUCCAGCGGAAGGAGGCACCGUGGGUGGUUCUUGUAGCCAGGAAGCUUCUGAAGAGAGCCAAGCACUUCCCCAGCCUAAAUCUGAGACUUCUAGCACCAGUCAGAUAAAGGAUUCUAACGACUCAGGCAGUUCAAAACAGAUAAAUCCCAAGCAUAAAGGCUGUGAGCCAAAAUCCUCCUCUGGUGGUGAAUUGGCUAGUCCUGGAAAAGAAUGUGUUCUUGCUGCUCUAGAAGCGAAGGGAAACUUGUCGAGCUUUGUGAAGGAGCAUUUUCUGAGUUCGUUUCAAGGGAAUACCACGGAUGAGAAAGCAGUGGGUAAUAAGAAAGGGUUAUCGGUUAAUUCCAAGAGAGAUAUGCUUCGACAAAAGGCAUUUCAGUUUGAGAAGCAUUACAAAGGACGUCUGACUAAGGGAGCUUUCAAGGCCAAAGUUGCUGCGUGGGGAAGUAUGGUGUUAGACAAGUCAUUAUUGAGGGCACCGCCCGGAGGUGCUACCAUUGCGAUGAAGGGAGCAGUUCAUUCCAAGUUACCAACUCCGGCUGGAACUAGUAGUUCUGCUGCGGAGAAAAACAGCCAUCCUUCAAGCAAUUCGCCACCCCUUUCAUCCGCCUGCGAUGCUUCAAAGGGCGGGGCCAAUGUUUCUGAUACUCCCAAGGCUAUCGAUUAUUAUGCUUUGAUCCCAUUUGACGAAAAUCAGCAGAAGCGCGUCCCUCAAGAUGACAAAGACGAAGCCAUUGUGACACUAGUCCCCUACAAGCAAGAGAUUGAGAAGGAGCUCCAAGGAUGGACGGAGUGGGCAAAUGAGAAGGUCAUGCAAGCAGCACGGAGGCUUGGGAAGGACCAGGCGGAAUUGAAAAUGUUGAGGCAGGAGAAAGAAGAAAUGGAGAAAUUCAAGAAAGAGAAGCAAACUUUGGAGGAGAGUACCGUAAAGCGGCUUUCGGAAAUGGAGCAUGCCCUGACCAAUGCGACAGGCCAGAUUGAGGUGGCUAACUGCACCAUCCAUCGCCUUGAGGAGGAGAAUCAUCUGUUGAAAAAUGAUAUGUUGGCUGCAAAGAUGCAGGCAAUACGUGCGGUUACUAACUUGGAGUCCGCUCUGGAAAGAGAGCAGCAGACCCUCAAGAAACUGCAGUCAUGGGAGGCAGACAAGGGUAUUGUCCAAGACGAACUCACAAAUGUCCAACGCCAAAUAACGUCACUCAACAAACGACUCGAAAAAGCUAGAGGCCGCAAGGAUCAGUUCAAGGCUCUGUGGAAGCAGGAGGAGAAGGAAAAAUCAAAAGCUCAAAAAAAUAUUGAUUCCUUGAAAAGCAAAUUAGAUGAAGAAGAGGCUUUGAUGAAAGUGGAAGCUGACAGCAUAAAGCAAGCAUCCGAGAAGGAGAUGCAGAGAUGUGAAGCCGAUAUCAAGAGGCUUCAGAAAAUGAUAAUGGAGCUGAAUCUCGAGUCUGAUAAAUAUAAGAUAGCAGCUCUUAACAAGGGCUACGGCAGCUAUAUGACGGGCCUCCCUGGAUCAGAGCCUCCUAAAGUGACAAAUGGGUUUGCUGUCUUUCAGGAUAAUGCAAGCGACUCUCCAGAUGUUAAGCCAGAGAGGGAGUGUGUCAUGUGCAUGGCAGACGAGAUAUCUGUGGUUUUCAUCCCUUGCGCGCAUCAGGUUCUUUGCACUCAGUGCAAUGUGAUCCACGAGAAGCAAGGGAUGAGCGACUGCCCUUCUUGCAGGACGACCAUUCAAAAGCGCGUCUCUGUUAGCUAUCGCUGCUGAACAUCUCCUUAUAUUGCGUGUAGUAUCAAUUGUAGUUUGUAAACAGCUGAACUGAGAAAAAAGGGUUAGAAUUGAUGAAUCAAAUUGGGGAAGAUAGUUUACUAACAAA